CAAACAAAAAUUAAUUCAGCAUUUAAUUAAAUAAUUGAAAUCCAACAACAUUCGUCGACAAAAAAGUCAGCAGUCAACGCUAACGGCACUAGACGACAACGGGGAUGGAUGGCUUUCGCCUCAUCGCCUCCCGUGAAUUUACUCAUUCUCACUGCCUUCCAAUCUGUCAUUUCUCAGUCAACUCCACACCACCACAUACUCGCUGCCGCCGGAAAAAUGCCCCUUUGCCUGUUCCUCGCCGCGCACUUCCUCAUCGCCAGUGUAUCGGCCGUCGCCGCCGGCAUCUGCCCCUACGACUUCUCCUCCUCCAUCCCCAUGAUCCCUCCCGCCUGCUACGCGAACGUCUCCACCCCCUCCGCCACCAGCUGCUGCUGGUACGUCUACAUGGCCAUGGCUUACGCCGCCGUCCGCUACGGAAACCUCACCGGCGUGGCCUUCCUCCCCCCGGAGACCGCCUCCGCGUGCUCCGCCGUCUUCGCCGGCGACAUCGUCAACGGCGGUCUCGUCAAGCCCUCCCUCCUCUCCAGCUCCAACUGCGACGUCCGCUCCUCCCUACUCGCCGCCUCCGGCGGCCCCUGUCAGUUCCCCACCGUCCGAUCCAUCCUCUCUACCGCCGAUUUCUCCCGCGCCUCGCGCUUCUGCGCCUCCGCUGCCGCCGGUAACCUCUCCCUGGACGCGUACGCCUGCUCCUCCUGCCAGAGCGCUGUCAUCUCUGCUACUUUCAAGCUGCUGGACGUUACCAAGACCAAGGAGUUCGUUCCCUGCGGAGUUGCAACCACGCUUGCGAUCUGGUCCUCUUGUCCUCCAUCCCCUUCUCGUUUCAUUUCCUACGCCGGUUGCAUGCUCCAAGUCCUCGAAAACGUCGCCGGCCUCGGCACAAGCAACCUAGUUCCCUCCCCUCCGCCGCCUUCUCCCCUCUCCUCGCCGUCCUCUUCCAACUCCAGAUCCAUCAAAAUCGCCCUCGGCUCUGCUUCCGCCGGCCUCCUCUCUCUCGCCGCCAUCAUCUUCCUCUCCUUCAAAAUACGCCGUCCAAGGGUCGGCACAUCCGAUACGGACGACCUCAAGCACCCUCUUCCACCGCCGUCGCCUUCCGCGUCCCUUCUCCCCACUGACGGCUUCUACAUCUUCACCAAGGCGGAACUUAUGGCCGCCACGAACGGGUUCGACGAAGGUCUCCUCCUCGGUCAGGGCGGCGCCGGCAAGGUCUACCUGGGAAAGCUCCCUAGCGGGCAGCCCGUGGCCAUCAAGCGCAUCAACCGAGAGCGCAAGGUGGCCGAGUUCUACGCUGAGGUCGCCAUCCUCGCCAAGCUCCGCCACCGCAACCUCGCCACGCUAGUCGGCUACUGCCUCGGCGAGCGGGAGCACUCGCUGGUGUACGAGUACAUGGCGGGCGGCAACCUCGCGCGCGCUCUCUCAUCCGGGGAACUGACUUGGCGGCGUAGGUUACAAGUGGCCGUCGAUGUGGCAGAAGGGCUCGCCUACCUGCACGGCCAUCCGGAGGGAGCAGUCAUCCACCGGGACGUCAAGCCUACGAACGUGCUGCUCACCGAGGCCGGGCUCGCGAAGCUGUCCGACUUCGGCGUAUCGCGCGUGGUGCCUCCAGGCGAUGGCCACGUGUCCACGGAGUUGGUAGGGACAGUGGGCUAUGUCGAUCCGGAGAGUUUCCCGGCGGGGCAGGUUUCGGAGGCCACCGACGUGUAUAGCUUCGGGGUGGUUCUGCUCGAGUUGGUUACGGGGAUGCGAGCGGUUGUGCCGACGCCCACAGGAGGGGCCGAGUCGAUCGUCCACGCGGCGCGAGCCUCGGGCAGGCGGUCAGCAUCGACCGACGAGCCGCCGGUGGUCGAUGACAGACUUGGCGAGGAUUGGGAUCGGCCCACCGUGAUCAUGGUGUUCGAUCUCGCCUGUUGCUGCGUGCGGCCUCGAAAGGCAGAGCGGCCGACAAUGGUGGAAGUGGCGGCGGUACUAGCAGCUGAGCUUGCCGACUUGGAGGCGCGUUCGGGGGACUUGUCCACGACGACAUCGCCGCUGCAAGAGGAGUCCUUCCUCCUUAGCCCUUAAUUCUUAUGGGAUCUGAGCCUAACGAUUAUACUCUGUGGUAAAUCUAUCAUGUGGCAUAAAAAGGUGAUUCGUUCGUCCAAGCGUCCUCGUCAAUCUGUCCCUAAGUUAACACGGAGGAGGUAAAUCAUGAAUAACUACUAAUCAUUAGUGCAAAUGGUCAAGACAUGGAAAAAAUUAUGCUCGAUUACCUGUGGUAAAUCUAUCAUGCUGCACGAAUUAGUGCAAAGAUAAUUGUUAAAUGAGGUUGAAAUUGCGAUACUCUCAUCUCCUGAGAUAUGAUUCAUCCCAAAACUCAUAUUCCAUUUGACUCCUCUUCUAAUCGAA